AUGGAAUUGGAAUUAGAGAUGAAUUGGAUUGAUCAAAUCAACAACGAGAUAAAGAGCAAUGGUCCUUCAAUAUCCGAUGAGAUGGAACAAUGGAAGAAGCAUUCAAUUUACAAAAUACCCUCAAUAGUAACAAAUCUAAACAAAAAAGCCUACAUACCACAAGCAAUUUCAUUUGGUCCUUAUCACUAUGGAGAGGAACAUUUAAAAGCUAUGGAAGAACAUAAGCAUAGAGCACUUGUUCAUUUCUUAAAGAGAUGUCAAAAGCCAGUUGGGUUGGUAUUCCAAGAAAUGGAACAAGUGGUCCAAGAGUUGCGAGACUCAUACAAGCCACUUGAUCCGAUUUGGAUAUUAGAUACAUUAAAGUUUGUUCAAAUAAUGAUUCUUGAUGGUUGUUUUGUUUUGGAGAUUUUGAGAACUAAUGAUUGUGUUGUAGAUGAUUAUGCUGAAAAUGAUCCUGUCUUUGGUGAACAUGGGAAGUUUUAUGUUUUGCCAUAUAUCAAGCGUGACAUGCUUAUGCUUGAGAAUCAGAUUCCUAUGACAGUUCUACAUACAUUGAUUCAACUUGAAACUAGAACGGAACAGGAAGAUGAUCAUGAGUUAUUAAACAAGAAAAUCGCGAAGUUAUUAAACCCUAGCACACCUUUAAUCAAAAGCUUAGGAAAAUGCAUGCACAUAUUGGACGUGUAUAGAAAAAGCCUAAUUCAACACGGACCAAGCCACCCAACACGCAUGCCCAAAGAAACAAAAAGAAACUGGCUAACUUUAGAAGCAGGAGAAGAGAUCAUUCGGUCAGCAGUAGAGCUUCACGAGGCAGGAAUGCGCUUCAAGAAAAGCAAAAUAUGGAGUCUAAGAGACGUUUCAUUCAACCGAGGUAUUCUUAGGCUUUCAAUUUUGGCUGUAGAUGACACCACUGAAUACAUGUUUCUUAACCUCAUCGCCUUCGAGCGUCUUCAUGUUGGAGCAGGUAACGAGGUAACAUCAUUUAUAUUCCUUAUGGACACCAUCGUUGACAAUGCCAUGGAUGUUACAAUUCUGAACCGGAAUGGGAUCAUUAUCAAUGCUAUUGGAACAUGGGCGGAUCCACGUUUAGGCUAG